AUGCAAUACCAUCGGCCCAGAGAUCGCUACCUCGCCGGCCUGUGGGCUGGAUCCCUGUUCAUGGAUUUGCUUUGGAGGGCGAAGGAGUCGUGGGGAAUGCCGACAGACAACUUCCACGUACAGGAGGUUAUCGACCAGGGGAGUUCUCUAACUCUUGUUUCGAGACUCGCUGGCGAAUGGCGCGCUCCCUCUUGGUCAUGGGCCAGCGCUGACGGCCAUGUAUAUUACAUGUUGCAGGAGGACGAGGUCGAGACAGCCGCAUACGCCAACUUAGUGAGCGUAAAUUCGGUAUUUACGUCCCCGGGUGACGAAUCCGGCCAGCUACUGAGCGCCGAGAUAGUAUUGGAGGGGGGGUUAAUUCCCGGCACCUGGUAUGAGCGCGUUAAUCCCACCGGUCCGAGAGUGGACACGCACCUCAAAAUCGGACCGACGGAUGUUACAGCGUGGAGCAUCGACCUUGAAAACUCUACAAGGUCUACGGCUUACAUCUCGGAGUUCAGCUAUCUUAGUCUCAGCGAGGCCGAGAAAGAAAUGCCCUUUAUUGACCGACCCUCGUCCACCGUCAGCCCCGAGGACCCCAGGGUGUUCCGCCUGCCAGUUUCCUCGUUCAAUACCAGUAGCAGAUAUAACCGUAGUCGCCGCAGGGACUUCGACUUGCUGUUGCACGAGGUAGAAGCAGGAUGUGGCGGUGAACAAAAAUACAAGAGGGUCGGUUUGGCACAGGUGGAUAGGGCGGCCAGAGAAGCGUUUCCGUUCGAGGACUGGCCGAUGAUCAGGUUUACCUCUGUCUAA